AUGUUUUAUAUUAUUUAUUAUGUUAUCUUUAUAGCUUUUCGUCCCUCACUUUCCAUAAACGUUAUCGGUCCGAGAUUCCAUUACUGUCUCGGGAUUAAUCGCACAAAUUUAUCAAAUUUAAGAAUACAAAAUGAAAUAGUAAUUUUUAAUAAGAAUCCACCUCCCAACUGUAAACUAGAAGUUUAUGGCAAAAACAACAACAUCUGGAUAAUCACUUGGGUCGGCCUUCCAGGAACAAUAUACGCAGGAGAGGAGUACAAAAUCAAGGUCAUGCUGCCAAACGGAUACCCUCUGAAGCCACCAAUCAUAUAUUUCCUCCAACCAACUCCAGUACACAAACACGUCUAUUCGAAUGGAGAUAUUUGUUUGAACAGUAUCGGACACGACUACAUUCCAUCUGCUUCCAUAUCUAGCUUUAUACUCUCGAUAAUCUCCAUGCUUUCAUCUGCUAAGGAGAAGUCUCUACCAAUCGAUAAUCACUUACGUAACCACCAAAUUUUAUUUAUUAACGACUCUAGAUAUUAG